AUGCACCUGCGCGAUAUCUUCGCCAAGGAUGCCAAACCCUCGAAGCGUCGAUCCAGCGGCACGGUGACCACCGGCGUGAGGAUGGAGGGAGUCAAGAAAUCCUUCAAGGGCAUGGAGGUGCUCAAGGGCGUGUCCUGGGACUGCCAGAAGGGCGAGAAAGUCGGUCUGGUGGGAUGGAACGGUGCCGGUAAGACCACCCAGCUGAGGAUAAUCACUGGCGAGAUGGAGGCUGACGAGGGCGAAGUCAUGCUCGCGGACAAAGUCAAGAUCGGCUACCUCACCCAGGAGUUCGAGGUUAAGGAGUCAAACACCGUGCGCGAGGAGUUCAUGAGCGCGUUUGGCGAGGAGAGCGUGGUCAUCAAGAACACCGAACGCAUCCAGAAGGAGCUCGAGAACGAACCCAACAUGGAGCUUAUGUCCAUCCUCCUCGAGAAGCUCGACGAGCUCCAGAGGCAGGCUGACAGGCUCGACCUCUUCAACAUGGAGCGCGCCAUCGACAAGAUCAUGCCCCAGCUCGGGUUCGUCCCCGAGGACAACGACAGGCUCGUCGCGUCCUUCUCGGGUGGCUGGCAGAUGCGCAUCUCGCUCGGAAAAAUUUUGCUUCAGGAGCCCGGUCUACUCCUGAUGGACGAGCCCACGAACCACCUGGAUCUCGACGCCAUCCAAUGGCUCGAGGAAUACCUCAAGACGCUCGAGGUGCCCAUGGUCAUCGUCUCGCACGAUCGCGAGUUCCUCGACCAGCUGUGCACCAAAACCGUCGAGGUGGAACGCGGCCGCGCCACCACUUACAAGGGCAACUACACCGACUACCAGCGUCAAAAAGUGAGCGGCAGCGCGCAGCAGAUGGUCCAGUACGAGAAGUACAUGAAGGAGGUGACGCGUCAGCGCGAGAUGAUCCGGAGGUUGUCCGGCGGCGGCCAGUCCGGCAGGGCCAACGCGGCGGCUAAGGAGCUCGAGCGCCUGCUCGACGACCCCGUCGAGAAGCCGUGGGUGGAGAAGGAGAGACGGUUCAGGUUCCCAGACGCGCCGCGAUCGACGCAGAUCGUCGCGCGGGUGGAAAACCUCACGCACGGUUACGACGAGAAGACGCUGUUCAAGAACACGUCGCUUCAGAUUGACCGCGGCGAGCGCGUGGCGAUGAUCGGCCCCAACGGCUGCGGCAAGUCCACGAUGAUGCGGCUGAUGCAGCAGAAGGAGAAGCCGCGGGCGGGCACGGCGAUGAUGGGCGACAGCGCUCAGUGCAAGGUGAACUACUUCUACCAGAACCAGGCGGAGGGUCUGGACACGGAGAAGGGCGUGCUGCAGACUCUGGUGGAGGCGGCUCCCGACGAGGGCCUCAACAACCUCAAGGCGCUCCUCGGCCGCAUGAAGUUCAGCACGAGCUUCCACAACAAACCCGUCAAGUUCCUGUCAGGCGGUGAGAAGGCCAGGCUGGCGCUCGCUAAGUUCAUGGUCACCCCCGCCAAUGUCCUCCUCCUCGACGAGCCCACCAACCACCUCGACAUCCCCAGCAAGGAGAUGCUCGAGGAGGCGCUCCAGUCGUUUGAGGGAACCGUCAUCGCGAUCUCGCACGACCGCUACUUCCUCAGGCAGAUCGCCACGAGGGUUCUUAACUUCGACAACGGCGUCGUAUCGGACUACAUGGGCGACUACUCGUAUUUCCUCGAGAAGAACGAGAAGGCUGGUGCGAGGGACGCCAGGCUGCAGAAGGCGGCCAAGGAGGUUGAGAAGACGCAGGUCAAGGCCAAGUCCAAGAUGAGCAAGGCGGAGAAGGCCAAGCUCAAGAAGGAGAAAGCCAAGGCGUUCGGUGGUGGCUCCGGCCAGAAGAAGGCGAACAAGAACGCGGGUAGGUGGAACUAA